AUGAGAUACCAGCCUAUUAGUAUUCUUUCCCUAAGAAGCUUCAUGAUCUUGAUCUUAAGCUGUAUAACUAUCAAUAUCAACUUCGGUUUCCUGGGUACACCUUCAUUGCAAACCCUCUCCCUCGACGGGCAUUUGAGUUUCCACGAAAACUAUCAUGCAUCAAGAGAUUUUGGCAACCGGCACCAAUUCCUGCCCUUGGCAGUUCUACACCCAAAAUCCGUUUCCGAUAUUGCCACCACAAUUAUGCAUGUAUGGCAGAUGGGUUCAGGUUCGGAGCUGACGGUGGCAGCAAGAGGACACGGGCAUUCUCUUCAGGGACAGGCACAAGCACACCGAGGAGUGGUGAUCAACAUGGAAUCGUUCAGCGGACUAGAAAAGCAAAUGCGGGUUCACACAGGAAAAAGUCCCUACGUAGAUGCAUAUGGAGGCGAGUUGUGGAUAAACAUCCUGCAGGAGACACUGAAAUACGGAUUAGCACCGAAAUCCUGGACAGAUUACCUGCAUCUGACAGUUGGAGGUACUUUGUCAAAUGCAGGGAUUAGCGGGCAGGCCUUCCGGCAUGGCCCCCAGAUCAGUAAUGUCCACCAGCUAGAAGUUGUUACAGGAAAAGGGGAGGUUCUGAAUUGUUCAGAGGAGCAGAAUGCAGACCUCUUUCAUGGUGUCCUUGGAGGACUUGGUCAGUUCGGCAUAAUUACACGAGCAAGAAUAUCUCUAGAACCAGCACCAAAAAUGGUCAAAUGGAUAAGAGUUCUGUACUCGGACUUCUCCACAUUUACCAGAGACCAGGAGCAUUUGAUAUCUGCAGAAAACACAUUUGAUUACAUUGAAGGAUUUGUAAUAAUAAACAGGACUGGUCUCUUAAACAAUUGGAGAUCAUCCUUCAAUCCUCAAGACCCAGUCCAAGCAAGCCAAUUUGAAUCAGAUGGACGAAAGCUCUUCUGUCUCGAAUUGGCCAAACACUUCAACCCAGACGAAAUCGAUACAACAAACAAGGAAAUUGAGAACUUACUGUCUCAACUAGGCUAUAUUUCCUCAACACUUUUCCUAUCAGAAGUUUCAUACAUAGAAUUCUUGGACAGAGUUCACGUGUCGGAGGUCAAACUAAGAUCAAAAGGCUUGUGGGAAGUCCCACACCCAUGGCUCAAUCUUCUUAUUCCCAGAAGCAAAAUACAUGAUUUUGCAAAAGAAGUUUUCGGCAACAUUCUUACUGAUACAAGCAAUGGACCAAUCCUCAUCUACCCAGUUCACAAGUCAAAGUGGGACAACAGAACUUCAGUUGUUCUUCCAGAAGGAGAUGUUUUCUAUCUGGUGGCAUUCCUUACCUCUGCAGUUCCCUCUUCCACAGGAACCGAUGGCUUAGAACACAUUUUGACUCAGAACAAAAGGAUUCUGGAUUUCUGUGAGGCAGCCCACCUUGGAGUAAAGCAAUAUUUGCCCCACUACACGACGCAGAAAGAAUGGCGGGCUCACUUUGGCCCACGUUGGCAAGUUUUCAUGCAAAGGAAAACAGCUUAUGACCCCUUAGCAAUCCUUGCUCCUGGACAGAAAAUCUUUCAAAAGGCUAUAUCAAUCUUAUGACAAAGUGCCACAUAAUUAAGUAAAGAAAAUGCUAAAAGGGCCUUCGAGGAAUGUGUCUGCUAGCUUGUGUUUAGAUUGAUCAGAAUUAAUUUCAAGGUUUAUUGCCUUCUCGGUAUUGUAUGUAUAACCGAGAGGCCGGACCAGCUAGUUGAACUACUUGACGAAACUAGUCAUAUAUUUGAGUUUAAAUUCAUUAAA